UUCCUUGCUUUGUUGGUUUUUUUGCAUAAUCCCUGGAGUUUUUUGCUUUCACCAAGAGCUCAAGAACUUGUGAACAACAUGGGAAUCAAAGUUUUACUUGCAGCAAUAUUAAUAUGGGAUUUCAUAACCUGUGCUUUUGGCUUCAAUGUAUCUGCUGAUAAUAUGAUAAGGAUUGGAUUAAAGCGACGACCGUUGGAUCUUUAUAGCGUAAAGGGUGCAAGAAUCUACGCUAAAGAUCAUCAUAAAAGAGGUUCAAAUAGGAACUUUGGUGCACUUAAAGAUGAAAUAGUUUAUCUGAAGAACUAUAUGGAUGUUCAGUAUUUCGCGGAGAUUGGUAUCGGUUCACCUCCUCAGAAAUUCGCUGUUGUGUUUGAUACUGGCAGUUCCAAUCUUUGGAUCCCGUCUUCGAAAUGUAUCUUCUCUAUUGCAUGUUAUCUUCGUUCCAGAUACAGAUCGAGACUUUCUACUACAUACACAAAAAUUGGAAAAUCUUGCAAAAUCCCUUUUGGAACAAGAUCAGUGCGCGGAUUCUUCAGCCAAGACAAUACUAAAGUUGGAAAUGCUGUUAUAAAGCAGCAGGUUUUUACUGAGGUAACGCGCGAAGGAUUUUUCACAUUCUUGCGUGCACGGUAUGAUGGGGUACUAGGACUAGGAUUUCAGGAUGUUGCUGCUGGACGAGUAACGCCAGUAUGGUAUAAUAUGUUGCUUCAGCGUAUAGUUACUAAGCCAAUCUUCUCGUUAUGGCUUAAUCGAGAUCCUAAAUCUAGUUUCGGGGGUGAAAUUCUAUUUGGAGGCGUGGAUUCGACUCAUUUCAGGGGUCAACAUACUUAUGUUCCCGUUGCUCAAAAUGGUUACUGGGAGAUUGAAAUAGGUGAUCUUUUUAUUGGUAACAAUUCAACAGGUCUUUGCAGAGGUGGCUGUCCGGCUAUUGUGGAUACUGGGACGUCAUUUCUUGCUGGUCCGACUACGAUUUUGACUCAAAUAAAUCAUGCUAUUGGAGCAGAAGGAGUUGUUAGUAUGGAAUGUAAAACUGUUUUCUCAAAUUAUGGGAAUUUGAUUUGGGAAAACUUAAUAUCAGGGUUACAACCUGAAAGAAUUUGUCACAGAAUUGGCAUAUGUAAACAUAACGUCUCGUUGGAUGAAAAUGUACACAGCUACGAGAAGAAAAUGAUGGUUAGAAAUUCAAAAUUGGAGGAACUAACAAAUGAUGAGAGUGCUUUAUGUUCUUUCUGUGAGAUGACAGUUUUCUGGAUGCAAGUAGAAUUUAGAAAAGAGAGAACAAAGGCAAAAGCAUUUGAAUAUGUUAAUCAGCUGUGUGAGAAGCUUCCAGAUCCGAGAGGAAAAUCAUUUAUCAACUGUGAUGUCUUUUCCCUGCCACAUAUUACAAUUACCAUUGGGAAUAAAUCUUUCCCCCUUUCUCCAGAUCAAUAUGUUAUCAGAAUCGAAAACAGUCAUGGUGCUCGUUGUGUUAGUGGAUUUACAGCAUUGGAUGUGCAUCCACGACGUCCCCUCUGGGUUCUUGGAGAUGUAUUCUUAAGAGCAUAUCACACUGUUUUUGACUUUGGUAAUCUACAAGUUGGAUUCGCGGAAAGUGCUUAGAUCAAAAUUUCAUAAAUUGCUUGGUUUUCGUCUUAGUCCGGCCCUUCCCCGGACCCUACACAUAAUAAGAGCUUAGUGUACCAGGCUGUCACUUUUCUUGGUUUUCGUCGUAGAUGUUGUCACAUAAGAGUAAGCUCUGCAGGUUUGCUUGGGGAAAGAUUGGCAAUUUAGAAGCAUAAACUCUUAAGGAAUUUGUUAUAGAUGUUUGCUUUUUGCUUUUUCAGUAGUUGGAAUAAUGCAUAAAGAGGUUGUGUAUAAAAUUGUUUUAGUAAUGAAUAUAUUCGUAGCCCUGCUCCGAAUAUGUUGAAGUCUCCAUCUA